AUGCUCGCAGAGACUACGACGAGUGUAAGGCUGUCAUCAAAGAGCAGCUCCAGGAGUCUCACGGGCUGUGUGAAUAUGCAGUCUACGUUCAAGGUUUAAUCUCUUGAACUUUUUCAAACAUGUUCCAUUCUGAACCCUCGAAGUGCUGACAACCUCAAGCAGGUGGCUCGAUCGCUGUUUCUUCUGGGGAAACACAAGGCAGCCAUUGAAGUGUACAACGAAGCAGCUAAACUCAAUGAAAAGGACUGGGAGAUCAGCCACAACCUGGGUGUGUGCUACAUGUACCUGAAGCACUUCAACAAGGCACGAGACCAGCUAAACAAUGCCCUGGAGCUCAACAGACAUGAUCUGACUUACAUGAUGCUGGGGAAAAUUCACCUAUUGGAGGGGGAGACGGAUAAAGCCAUUGAAGUCUAUAAGAAAGCAGUAGAAUUUUCUCCAGAAAACACGGAUCUCCUUACAACACUGGGGUUACUUUACUUGCAGCUUGGGGAUUACCAGAAGGCUUUUGAACACCUUGGAAACGCGCUUACUUAUGACCCAGGCAACUACAAGGCUACCUUGGCUGCUGGCAGCAUGAUGCAGGCGCACGGAGAUUUUGAUGUUGCCCUCUCCAAAUACAGGGUGGUAGCCAGCACUGUGCCUGAAAGCCCCCCGCUGUGGAACAACAUUGCCAUGUGCUUCUUUGGGAAGAAGAAAUACGUAGCAGCUAUCAGUUGCCUGAAGCGGGCAAACUACUUGGCUCCCUUUGACUGGAAGAUUUUGUACAAUUUGGGGCUAGUCCACCUCACGAUGCAGCAGUACGCCUCUGCUUUCCACUUCCUCAGUGCCGCCAUCAACUUCCAGCCCAAGAUGGGAGAGCUGUACAUGCUGCUUGCAGUUGCUCUGACAAACCUCGAAGACAUUGAGAACGCAAAACGUUCAUACGAGCAAGCCGUGGCACUGGACACGAGCAACCCCCUUGUCAACCUGAACUAUGCUGUCCUGCUGUAUAACCAGGGCGACAAGAAGGGAGCCCUCUGCCAGUACCAGGAGAUGGAGAAGAAGGUCAACGCAGCGCAGGAGAGCAGUAUGCCUGACUUUGACCCUGAGAUGGUGGAGGUUGCCCAGAAGAUGGGAGCUGCCCUGCAGGUGGGGGAGAGCCUGGUCUGGACUAAGCCUUCUAAAGAGUCUAAAUCCAAGCAGCGAGCUGCUCCGUCAGGGAAAUCCUCCAGCACUCAGCAGCCUUUGGGCUCUAACCAGGCCCUGGGUCAAGCCAUGUCCUCAGCCGCGGGGUAUGGGAAAACCAUGCAGCUUCCCCCAGGUGCUGGAGCAUCAGCUCCUCUUGCAAAGCCUCCCUCCCUGCCUCUGGAACCAGAACCAGACUCGGAAAUGAGCCCCGAGGAGACCUCGGCACCAACAGCCAGCGAGGAGCAGAGGAAAGAAAAGCGCAAGAGCCGGCAGGCAGCAGACUAG